AUGGGAUCAGUGUUAAAUCAGCAAUAUGCAAGCGGGGCAAGCAAAGGUGGAGGAGAAGAGCCCGGGAAGCUGCCAGAGCAGGCAGAGGAGGAAUCCCACGUUUUGCACGGAACUGGCCACUGUAAGUGGUUCAAUGUGCGAAUGGGAUUUGGUUUUAUCUCCAUGAUAAACCGAGAGGGAAGCCCCUUGGAUAUUCCAGUCGAUGUAUUUGUGCACCAAAGCAAAUUGUUCAUGGAAGGUUUUAGAAGCCUAAAAGAAGGAGAACCAGUGGAAUUCACAUUUAAAAAAUCUUCCAAAGGCCUUGAGUCAAUACGGGUAACAGGACCUGGCGGGAGCCCUUGUUUAGGAAGCGAAAGAAGACCUAAAGGGAAGACACUACAAAAAAGAAAACCAAAGGGAGAUAGAUGCUACAACUGUGGUGGCCUUGAUCAUCAUGCUAAGGAAUGUAGUCUACCUCCUCAGCCAAAGAAGUGCCAUUACUGUCAGAGCAUCACGCACAUGGUGGCAAACUGCCCACAUAAAACUGUUGCACAGCCGCCCAUCAGUUCUCAGGGAAGACAGGAAGCAGAAUCACAGCCAUGCACUUCGACUCUCCCUAGAGAGGUGGGAGGAGGGCACAGCUGCACAUCACCACCGUUUCCUCAGGAGGCCAGGUCAGAGGUCUCAGAACGGUCGGGCAGGUCACCUCCAGAAGCUUCCUCCACGAAGUCAUCUGCAGCUCCAGAAGAACAAAGCAAAAAGGGGCCUUCAGUUCAAAAAAGGAAAAAGACUUAACACUUCUUAAUGUAUCAUUUUCUUUACCCAGUUGGGAAGUCUACCUCAUGCAAGUACAGGGGAACA